AUGACGCCAAGCAUUCGAAUCCCCAAGGCCGAGGACUUCAAGUCCUUGGAACCGGCCCUGACCGUUGGCCUGCAUUUCCCCUCCCCGCCAGAGUCCACCACCGCCAUACUCAUCUUGUUCCACGGGCUCGGCGAUUCAGAGGCCCCCUUUGCGGGUUUCGCAGAGAGCAUCAACCUUCCCGGCGUCCUGGGCAUCUCGGUACGGGGCACCAGCCCGCUGCCGCCAGCCUUGCUCGGGCUGCCGCCAGACAGUGGCCCCACCAUGAACUUCCACUGGGGAGACGACCUGAACAUCGGAAGCUCGGGAGGAUUGGAUGCUGACCCUGGGUUCACCAAGGCUGCAGAUCUUGUCAUCAACAGGCUCAUCAGGGAGACUCUGAUGGAGAAGUGUGGAUGGGAGCUGUCUGACAUCCUCUUCUUCGGCUACGGGCAGGGUGGAUCACUGGCAUUGGGUCUGGCCUCCAAGAUCCGGGAGGGCCCUCAGGUUGAGGAGGUCAAGGAGGAUAAGGACGGCAAACCGGUUGAGACGGGCAAGGCAUUCAAGGGCGUCGUGUCUAUUGGAGGAGACCUGCCGCCGUCCAUGAUUCCGACGCUGAGUGCAAGGCCAAAAUCAGAGACGCCGGUCCUGAUUUGCCGCGGAAAGUCAUGCGACACCGUGGACGAAGAUGCAGUCGAACUGCUCAGGAAGGAGUUUGCCAACGUGGAGGAUGUCAAGUGGAACAAGCGGGACAGCACCAUGCCUUCCAGCCAGGAGGAGGUCUUGCCCAUGAUGAAGUUCUUUGCGGACCGACUGCGAACUGAUGCACUUUGA